GGCUCUAGCUGGCAGGAUCCCUGACAUUAGUGUUGCUCUCUCUGGCUGCCUGCUGUCUCGAGCCAUGGCUGCACAGCUGGUCGUUGCUCUGCUGGCUCUCACCUCCCUGGGUGCUGCAUCUGAACUGGACUGUACAGAGCUGGUUAAACCUCGGAUACUGGACAGCCACAGCCCUAUCUACGGGAAGUGGAUACUCCAUGUGGGCUCAUUUGACCAGCCCGGUCUGAAGAGCGACCUGGUGGCAGUGAACAGCUCCUGGGUGGAACUGUCGGCUUCCUCAGACAGCGGCGUCAUCACCGUCUACUGGGCCGACCGCCUAGGUGAAGAUAAAUGCCUUCAGGGUUUAGCCAAUGCCACCAUCUCAGGAAUGACCACUCACACCACUUUUAUCAUCAAUGGUCACACGUCAUACCAUGAUGGGAAGUACUACGAGACCUGCCCCGACUGCCUCCUGUCCGAAGACACCACCCUCCUCCCCGACGGCAAGUCAAAGGGACGAUACCUUUUCCUCUUCACGCGGACCGGUGCUCUGGAGCCAUCUGAGCUGGAGAUUUUCAAGAAGCAGGCCGAGUGUCUUAAAUUCCUCCCGGAGUACCACUUCGGAGGCUCAGAUCUGUGCCCAGAUGACAGGGUAACUGCUGCACCUGAUGCAGAGAACACAGAGAAGGACCAGGCCGAUGCUGAGCCCCCUGCGAAGUAAAGCAGAGCGCAGAGGAGUGAUGGCCCUGUGAACGGCCUGCACACACCCGCGACACACCCCGCUUAACAUGUACUCUGUAGUGUUGUAAUGUGAUCUGCACGUGCACUGAUACACUGUGGUGUUGUGGGGAACCCUUUUGUUUGGUCUGCUGGUCUCAUAUAUAGAUAAGUGGUCAGUCAUGUGUAGGAGUGUCUCCUUCUUAAUUGAACUUUCGUGAUUUAGUUUAGGAAUCGUGAACUGGCAGGUACAGUAAUGGCUUAAAAAAAGUCCACUUAAAUGCCUCCUUUAGAUGGAUAUAACAAUCUGUAAAUGUUUGAGUGUGUGAACUGUUCUUCGACAGGUUGUUUGAGGUGAAUAAAACAGCUUUCAGUCUCCCUC